AUGGCCGCUCAGUCUGAUGGAGGGGGAUGGGGAGGAACGGGGGAGGGUGUGGGGGAGGGGGUGUUUGAUGGAGACACAGAGGGAGACUGUCAGCCUCUGGAAUCUGCAGCCAUUCACAUCUGUCUCUGUUGCCACUCUGCUGUCUGCUAUUGGGGCUGUCGCUCCAACUGCCUGGGAAACCUGCUGGGGGAGGACACUACUGGAGGGAUUGGAGGGACCGGAGUUGGCAGGGGUAACGAUUUAAGGGAGACUCGCUGCCCGCCAGAGGAGGGCCUGUGGCUGGACUGCCUCUGGCUGAUCCUGGCUCUUCUCGUCUUCUUUUGGGAUGUGGGAACAGACCUACUUCUCGCUGCGGACUACUACACCAGACAGGACUAUCUGUGGUUUGGUCUGACGCUUUUUCUUGUACUGGUGCCGUCGAUGGUAGUUCAGAUCCUGAGCUUCCGCUGGUUCAUCCAGGACUACAGCGGAGAGUGUCUGACCACCUGGCUGGGGACAGUGGACUGCAGCAAGGGAGGAGAGAGAGAAAAGCUGACCAGGCGAGGUCCAGCCGAACAAAGAUGGAUUUAUCCCGGGACAGACCGGGUCAGAGUGGCCUCAGUGUGGCUGUGGCAGAUCACCAUACACAUUCUACAGCUGGGACAGGUCUGGAGGUAUAUCCGUACGUUGUACCUGGGUAUCCAGUCCCACCGUAUGAAGGAGCUUAAGGAGGCCCAGAGGAGGUUCUACUGGGCCAUGAUGUUUGAGUAUGCAGACGUCAACAUGCUGCGGCUACUGGAGACCUUCCUGGAGUCAGCUCCUCAACUAGUACUACAGCUCUGUAUUAUGAUACAGCAGAACCGGGCUGAGACUCUACAGUGUAUAUCUAGUCUAGGCUCUCUUCUGUCUCUAUCCUGGGUGUUGGCUUCGUACCACAAGCUCCUGCGUGACUCCAGGGACGACCAGCGCAGUCUGAGUUACCGCGGUGCCCUUCUCCACCUUCUCUGGCGCCUCUUCACCAUCUCCUCCCGCGUUCUCUCUCUCGCCCUCUUCGCCUCCCUCUUCCACCUGUACUUUGGCAUCUUUGUGGUGCUCCACUGGUGUGGCAUGGCACUGUGGGUGGUGCAUGGAGGAACAGACUUCUGUAUGUCUCGCUGGGAGGAGGUGCUAUUUAACAUGGUGGUGGGGAUCGUCUACAUCUUCUGUUGGUUCAACGUCAAGGAGGGACACACCAGGGGACGCAUGGUUGCUUACUACUCCCUGGUACUGGCUGAGAAUACACUUCUCACCGGACUGUGGUAUGUGUAUCGUGACCAUGCAGACACAGACAACUACGCGGUGCCAGCGUUGUGUGGUGUCUACCUGUCCUUUGCGGGUGGAGUACUGGUGAUGCUUCUAUACUACGGCCUUCUCCACCCCUCUCACACACACCCCACCCCGGCCUCAACCUGCUGUGACGAGCUGCUGUGGGGUAACCUGCCCCCCUCCGCCACGCCAACCCCAGCCCAUCUGGCCACCCCUUCCCACAGUGAUGAUGUCAUCGCAGACAGCUGUCUGCCGGUGUUCCAGGUGCGUUCAGAGCCCCCCACCUCACGCCAUUUCGAGGGUCCUCUGAUAAAGAUUGACAUGCCCAGGAAACGUUACCCGGCCUGGGACGCUCACUACGUGGACAGACGGCUGCGAAGAACCAUCAACCUACUGCAGUACCUGACACCUGCAGCCGCAGGCAUUCGAUACAGGGAUAGAUCUCUGCUCUAUGAACUACUGCAGUACGAGUCUUCUCUCUGA